UCGUCUGCAUUUAAUUCCCUGCUUUAAAUUAUGACGAAAACUGCCUCCAAAUUAUUCGCCACAAAUUUAGUAGGCUCCAAAAUAAAUUUAAUUUUGCCUCGAAAUUCUCGGCUCCAAAAUCUACGGCGAGAAACGCCGAAAGCUUCCGACAAGUGGUCAUGUCUACGGCUAGUUGUGGCUCAAAAAUGGCGCGGAAGAGGGCGGUUAGAGAGGGUAAUGACCCGCUAAUUGUUUACCCUGCGCGGAAUAAGAAGGCGAAGAAGGAAAGUGGAGCGAAGGGGAAGGAGAAGAAUUUGAUGGAGUCGAAGAAGAAAAAUGUGGUGGAAAUUGUGGAAGAAGAAGGACAAGAGGAAGUGAAGGUUGCAAGAUCGAUUCCGGAGACAACAAGAAGGUAUCAAUUGGAAAUAUUGGAUGUAGCUAUUAGCAGGAACACAAUUGUUGUUUUAGAAACAGGUACUGGGAAAACAUUGAUUGCAGUGCUUCUUAUAAAGCAAAUUGCUAAUAAGUUAAGGGAUGAAGGUGAGAAAGGUAUAAUUGUAUUUCUUGCACCAACAGUUCAAUUAGUUGCGCAGCAAUCUGAUGUGAUUAAAUACAAUACGGACUUGCAAGUGGGGUGUUAUCAUGGUGCAAAAGACAUCAAUAUUUGGAAUGCUGAAAAAUGGAAAAGAGAAGUAGAAACAAAUGAGGUACUUGUGAUGACUCCUCAAAUUUUAUUGGAUGGCCUGCGUCUCAAUUUAUUAAAGCUAGACAUGGUUCACCUGCUAAUCUUUGAUGAGUGCCAUCAUGCAUGUGGGCACCAUCCAUAUGCGAAAAUAAUGAAAGAGUCUUAUUAUGGAUCUCAGCACAAACCAAAAAUAUUUGGAAUGACUGCAUCACCUGUCAUGCGGAAGGGUGUUUCUUCAAGUGUGGAUUGUGAGGACCAAAUUGCUAGACUUGAAGACAUCCUGGAUUCAAAGGUAUAUACAUUGAAGGAUAGGGCCGAACUUGAUUUGUUUGUGCCCACUCCAAAACAAGUAACUAAAUUUUAUCGUAAGCAUCAUUUGCAGGAUGAUUCCCUGCGACUAAAACUGGCUUCUCUGAGAGAAAAGAAUAUUCAAAGUGAAUUGUUUCCUUAUCAGUUCAAGGAUGAAGAAAAUUUUAUGAAGAAAAUGAGGAAAAGAAUUUGGAAUCUCCAUGGAAAUAUUGAAUAUUGUCUUGAGAAUUUGGGAUUGUAUGGUGCUUAUAAGGCUACUCAACUAUACCUUGCUAAAGACAGCAGACACAAUGUAUGUGAUAUAGAUACAAUAGCUGUAGAAAAUGUGCAAGAAUCGAGGGAUGCAUUUCUAUAUGAUGUCUUGGAGCUUCUAGAGGAGGCACUUCCAGCUGAUGUAGAUAAAUUAUUUAAAGAGCCUACAGGCAUUACUGUUGCUGUUGAAAGAGGGAUUUUAUCUCAGAAAGUGCAACGAUUAGUGCAACUUCUUCUUCAACAUAAGAAUGCUGAAGAGAUGCACUGUAUAAUUUUUGUGGAACGAGUGAUUGUGGCUGCAGUAAUGUCAAGUUUGAUGCAGCAAAUUGAUUGUCUCUCAUUUGUCAUCAGUGAUUAUUUAUCUAGCGCAACUCCAGUAUUGGGUAGAAAAAAGCAGCAAAAGACUCUAGACCUUUUUUCUGCUGGCACGAUCAAUGUUCUAGUUGCAACUGAUGUUGUUGAAGAAGGUAUUGAUGUGCAAGGUUGUCGUUGCGUUAUUCGUUUUGAUUUACCAAAAACAGUACGCAGCUUUAUUCAAUCUCGUGGCCGUGCUCGUCAAAGUGGAUCAUAUUUUAUCUUACUUGUUGAGAGUGAUAACGAGAAACAACAGCAGCUUUUAUUUGAUAUAAUCAAAAGUGAGGAGUCGCUGAGGGAGAUGGCUAUGGAUAGAAAUCAUACUCCUCGUAUUCAAGAUCAUAUAACAAUUGAGACAGAUGUGUAUUUUGUUGAAUCUACUGGUGCUACAAUUAAUUGUGAUGCAAGUAUCAGUUUCAUAUAUAAGUAUUGUGCGAAAUUGCCUGGAGAUACCUAUUAUUCACCUAGACCAGAGUUUAUUUCUAGAAAGGUGGAGGGCUUGUACCAGUGUAUAUUGAAGUUGCCACCUAAUGCACCUUUUCAUGAGGUAAUUAGUCCGCUGAGUGCAAAACUUCUACAUGCAAAGCAACUUGCAUGCUUGGAGGCAUGCAAAAGUUUACAUAAAGUUGGAGCUGUCAAUGAUUAUCUUCAGCCAGUUACAGAAGUGCUGCCUGAAGAAGAAGACAUCAUGAAUUCAUACCAAAAAAUAUGUACAGAUGCAGGUACAACAAAAAGAAAAGAGUUGCAUUCUACCGUUGAAGCAAACACAUUGUUUGGUAGCUGGGGUGAAGAACAGAAUGUGGUAACUUUGCAAGUCUACAAGCUUGUCUUUUCAUCAGACUUCAAUAAUGAGGAAACAUAUACCAACUUUGCACUUCUAAUCGAAGCGGUUCUAGAUGAUGACGUUGCAACUGCAGAGAUAGAUUUGCAUCUAACUGCAGGUAGAGUUGUUAAAUCAAAAUUAGUGCGAAGUGGAGAGGUUAAAAUGGACCAAGGUCAGCUGAAGGAUGCAAAGGCUUUCCAGGAAAUUCUGUGCAAUGGAGUAUUUGGUAAGCUUAUGCGCCGGAAUAAAGGUUCAAAAGGAUCAAAUAUCCUGAAGGAACAUAAUUUAAAGAUCAUUGAAAUGAAAGACCUAUGGUCGAGUUCUGAAAUGUACCUCCUCCUUCCACUUGAAUCAGAGAAAAGUGGAUUUAGUGAAAGUGUGGCAAGCAUUGACUGGAAAUGCAUUAGAAAUUGUGCCUCAGGAGCAAGAUUAUUUAAAUUAUUAUGUACUAUUUCUGAGAAGGAUAAUAAUAUAAGGGAAGCUCUACAGGACAUUUUGAUGGAGAGGACAACUCUGUUGCAGUGUGCAGCGGGUAAAUCAGAACUUAUUAGUUUGGCAAGUGGAACUUGUGGAGCUUCCGAGCUGAUAGAUAAAGUGGUUAUUACUGUUCACAGCGGAAAAAUAUACUCCAUUGUAGAAGUUAUUCAUGACAAAACUGUCAUGAGUCCUUUCCCUGGGUAUAGGAAUCACAAAGCAGAUAACUAUGGUAGCUACUGUGAUUAUUUCAAUAAAAAAUACGGAAAGAAGUUGAAACAUUUGAAUCAACCACUUUUACGGGUGAAGCAAACUCAUCGGCCUCACAAUCUUCUUACCCAUCAGUCAGAAAAGUUAAAAGAGAGAAGUCUUAACUCAAAAGUUGAUGAAGUCAAUUAUGUUGAGCUUCCGCCUGAACUAUGUUUGGACUUGGGCAUCCAAACUUCUGUGAUUAAAUCCCUGUAUUUUCUUCCCUCUGUGAUGCAUCGUCUGAGUUCCCUGAUGCUUGCUAGCCAGCUGCGCAAAACAAUUAGGGAAGAUUUGCCGAAAUGCCCUAUUGUACCUGCUGCACUGAUCAUGGAAGCAGUGACUACAGCUAGAUGCUUAGAAAGCUUUUCCUAUGAGCGCUUGGAGUUACUGGGUGAUUCAUUUUUAAAAUAUAGCAUCAGUCGCUAUCUAUUUUUGAAAUAUGAAAAGAACCAUGAAGGGCAGUUGUCAGCACACAGAUCCCGAGCUAUUAGCAAUGCAACCCUUCAUCGUCUAGCAAUUUUCCGUGAUUUACCGAAAUAUAUUCAAGAUGAACCAUUUGAUGCUUGUCGUUGGGUUGCUCCUGGUAUGCUAUGCUGGAAAUCUGUUCCUUGCCAUUGCAAUCCAAAAAAAUUUGAAAGUAAUGAAAAUCCUUCUAUUGAGAAGGAAAAUAAAGUGGUCAGAAUUGGCAAAGCUUGUGACGAAGGGCAUCGAUGGAUGUGCUCGAAAACAAUAUCAGAUGUUGUGGAGUCACUUAUUGGUGCAUAUUUAGUUGGAGGUGGUCCAAUCGCUGCUCUUGAAGUUAUGAAGUGGAUGAAUAUGGAAGUUGAAGUUGAAGCCGAGUUACUAGAGGCAGCAUUUGAUCGCGCUUUCGUUUAUCCUUGUGUCCUACGGAGUACAAAUUUACAUGGCUUGGAGGUGUUAUUAAGAUAUGAAUUCAAGAACAAGGCCCUUCUAGUGGAAGCGCUCACACACGCUUCGCAACAAGAUCCUGAAGGAGGAGGUUGCUACCAGCGCUUAGAAUUCCUUGGGGACUCUCUUCUUGAUUUUCUCAUCACAUUUCAUCUCUACUCAACAUACCCAAGACUCUCACCUGGAAUUUUAACAAAUCUGCGCUCAGCAGCUGUUAACAAUCAGAAUUUUGCUCGGGUUGCUGUGAAACAAAAUAUUCAGAAAUAUCUCCGUCAUGGUUCAGGCACUCUUUUGAAUCAAAUAACAGAUUUUGUCAAGGAUGUUGGAGAAUGUAAAGUGGGGCAACACAGGUUCAUCUCAUUUGGAGGAGGAAUAGGAGGUCCCAAGGUAUUAGGGGACCUAGUCGAAAGCAUUGCAGGUGCAAUCUUAGUGGAUACCAAAUUCAAUUUAGCAUGUGUAUGGGAGAUAAUGAAACCUAUCUUGUCUCCAAUUGUUACACCUGAAACUCUAGACUUGCAUCCACUGCGAGAGUUGCAAGAACUCUGCUGUCAACACGGGUUUUCUCUAAAAUGGAAAUUUGUUAAACGAGGGAAAUUAACUGUGGCCACUGCAGAAGUCCAACUUGAAGAAUCACUUAUAGUUGCAACAGGCUCAAAGAUGAACAAGAAGACUGCAAAGAUGGUAGCUUCCCAGCAGAUGUUGACACUUUUGGAGGAAAGAGGCUUGAAACAUGACAAUCAAUGGCAGAUGUCAAUGGACUUGGCCUCCAAAGUGGUUCCAGAGAAAGGAUCAAAUCCUAUUACUUGUGGAGAAAAGAUUUCUGUUUCAGAAAAUAAUGAUUUUAAAAAAUCCGAAGAUAAGUUUUCUAAUCAGGUUCUGGCUACAGAUAAUGGAAUUGAUAUCUUAAAGAUAGAGCAGACAACUGCUGGCACUACACAUCUGGAUACAGGAGAAUUGGACAUGGAUGUCAUAGAAGAUCAAUGUUGGAGAAGAAACCUAGAUCAAGAGGAUGAAAUGCACAGAUUGGAAGAGGGUAUUAGUCUAUAUGAAAAUGCAGGUAGUUAUAGAAUGGAUCAAGAAAGUGAUCUAAAUCAAGAACCCUCGAAAAAGAGACAAAAGCUUUUGGAAACAUCAGCAGAUUCCAGAAAAUGUGAAGAAUGUAUUAGUGGAGAAAAGAAUGACAAUAUGAUAUGUAAUAUCAAAGACAGCUCUAACCAGAACUGGUGUCCUGAUGAUGGAUUGACAAGCUCAUCUAAAGUAGAUGGAGGAAGCAAUAUUCUUGAGGCUUGGAACAGCAGCGCAACAGAUAGCGACUUAGUGUCACUGGAGAAUGUGGGUGCCAAACCAGCUUUCAUCCAAAAGUUACAGGUUAAAGGAGUUGCACGUAAUUUGUUGUAUCAUCUAUGCCUGAAAAAAAGGUGGCCAGCAGCUGCAUAUCAUUUGAUUGAGGAAAUUGGUUUGCCUCACAUAAGAAGUUUCAUGUUUGAUGUGCAUAUCCCUCAACAUGAACUAGGACACAUCAAAAUUCAGGGAGAAGCAAAAUCUGACAAGAAGAGUGCAAAGGAUUCGGCUUCACUGAUGAUGUUACAUGAGCUUGAGAAGCAGGGACUCUGUGUUGUAGAUGAUUUAAUUAAACAAACUUAAGCUCUAAAAUGAUGUAGAGUUACUUCCAUUGCAACAUGAAAUAUUUUUUCAAACAUGUUACAAACACAUACUGAAGAUACUGGAAAUGUAUUGGCAGUCACAGAUCAAUGACUGCCAUAGAGCAAUGACACUAACAUAUUUUAAUCAGCAAUUAUUUGAAA